AUGAGUAUUCGCAGAGCCGGUCUACUGUUGAUAUGCGUAGCGGGAAUUGCGGUAAGUUUUCACAAAAGACGAAGGUAAUACGCUUCAGCUCGCCGAAGAAAAUGUUCAACAAAAGCUGCUCAACUUCGGGAUUGCCCCCUUCCUGUCGGACGCCGGGAAAUCCUUGAGCGGCAUUGAGGUUUAUCAGUGGGCCAAAGGACAAGUUGAAAAGAUUGGCAAUGUCACACAAGGCCUAAUGGAAUGCAACGUGUGCAAGUACUCGAUCAAAACCGCGAAAGAAGACGUUGAAGAGAGGGCUCGUGGAGGUGGCGGCUUGUUGUUGUGCAAAAUCAAGGUGAAUUGAGAGUUACAGAACAUAUAGCUUGAAUUGAGAGUUACAAAAAAAUUUGCAGUCGACAAAACACUCCUCGAAACACUCCUUUUUCUGUAGCCACAAUGACUUCCUGAUUUCAGGAAGAGUGCGAAAAAGCUACGGCUGCUCUUCGUACUGUUGGUAAAAAGGCGGCUGACGAAAUAUGCAAACAGCUGGACAACUUCUCGAAAGAACAAGUCAAUAAGAUCAUCAAUGCCGGAAAAGGCGAGCUGAAUAAGUACGUCAAAGAGGAUGAUCUCUGCGCCAAGCCGUGCAAACAAUAA